AUGUUUGAUGACCAUUCAAUGAAGUUGAAGGUUCAUGUAAUGGAUGAUAUGGUGGAUAACAUGAACAAUGCAUAUCAGGAAUUCGUUGCUGCAGCAGCGAGUGUGCUCGAGACGAAAGAGUUAUCCAGUGCGCAGAAGACAAUAGCUACCGACAACUCAUUGGAGAACUUCAAGCAGAAGUGGGAACUGUUUAGGGUGGCUUGUGAUCAAGCGGAGGAGCUCGUGGAGUCAGUGAGGCAAAGGAUAGGGAGUGAGUGCUUGGUGGAUGAAGCUACAGGAACAGGGAGUGGAGCUGUUAGUGGGAAGCCUGGGCAGAGCGGGCCAACUGGCCUACAUCCAAUAAGUGCAGUUCGGUUGGAGCAGAUGAGCAAGGCUGUAAGGUGGCUGGUCAUUGAACUGCAACAUGGUUCUGGAGCUGCAUCUGCUGCUAGUCAUCAUCCUCACACUCCUCCACCUCCUUUUGAUGCCAGGUUUUCCGAAGAUGCCGCCCAAUAGAGUACAAGGGUGUAAUGCAUACUAGCUGCCCCUGGAACCUGCUUUGCAUCUCUAGGCCAUCUGCAGAUGGAUCGUUGGUUUCUAGAUUGCAGAAUGUCUUGUUAACUGUUGUGUAGCGAAAAAAACAAGGGACAUAACCCUUUACUAAUCUUUGUUAUCGAUUCAGAAUUUUACAUCCCGGUUAAAUGGAGUAUCCAAAGUGAGAACACCCUUUUGUUUGCUUAUUAAACCAUAAAAAAAAAAAAAGAAGAGGGAAUUAGAUUAGCAGAGGAUAAUGAUGUUUGGUUGACAAAGUGGAGUAGAGAAACAGUAUGUAAGCACAAAAGUGUAGACAUCAUCCUUCCAUUCCAUUCAUAUAUGCCCCGAAAUUCAUCUGCAACUGCUCCAGAAACACACAUAAUUUGAGUGGAUGAUUAGAA